UAACAGAACUUAUCUAGAAAAUCUUCCUUCUCGUCCUGAAAACCAGACAUGAAAGUAAACCUCAUUCUGUUGAUCAGUGUGGCACUGAUCGAAGGCGCUGAAUGUUGUUUAACAGGAUGGAUGGGGUAUGGAAAUAAAUGUUAUUUUUUCAACAGCAUGCCAAAAGAAUGGGGAGUAGCGUCGGGAUACUGCCAUGCUUUGAACGCCAAAUUAGCUGAGCCUCAAACAGAAGACGAAGGCCAUUUUCUCACAAGCCAUGCUCAAAAAAUUGGUGGAAAUUUCUGGAUUGGAGUCACCGAUUUGAUUGAGGAAGACAUGUGGAUGUAUGCUUCUACCCAAAAACUAUUCAAUAUGACGUCAUCACUCUGGUCUACCAAUGAACCGAACGGUUACACGACAUCUAACUGUGGUCUACUAAUGGUGGCCUAUCAUUCAAAAUUGGCAGAUUACAACUGUGUCUACAAAGAGAAGUCUAUUUGUGAAUUAAGCAAUGAAUUAAAUUAA